AUGACUGGUCGUCGUCCUCAUGGCCAGAGCUACGCCGACGUUGCGGCCAAGGCUCCGCAGCCAACGGAUUCUGACGUGACCCCGUUAGUCCCAGCUGAUGUCAUCUACAAGCUGUUGGCUUUCACAGCUGCCAUGGUGUUCGGCCCCAUCGGCAUGUACUUUCUCACAGUGAACUCGAUCUAUGGAGGAAACGCCACAUAUGCUGGUAUCACUGCAGCCGUUACAGCUAAUGCGGUCUUAUUCGGUUAUAUCUACGUCGCCUGGAAGGAAGAUCAAGGAGACCGGCAAGAGGCUGCAAAGGCUAAGAAAGCGCAGUAA